GUUCUCUAGUAGGCUCUGAGAGAGAGAGAGAGAGUAAGCUUAGAGCUUAACAAUGUCUAAAACCAAGUACGAUCGGCAGCUAAGGAUAUGGGGGGAAGUAGGGCAAGCUGCGUUGGAAGAAGCGAGCAUCUGUUUGCUCAAUUGCGGCCCCACUGGAUCCGAGGCGUUGAAGAAUCUGGUCCUCGGUGGAGUUGGGAGCAUCACCAUCGUUGAUGGAUCUAAAGUCGAGCUUGGUGACCUUGGCAACAACUUCAUGGUGGAUGAGAGGAGUGUUGGUCAGUCAAAAGCUAAGUCUACUUGUGCGUUUCUUCAAGAGCUUAAUGAUUCUGUUAAAGCCAAGUUUGUUGAGGAGAGUCCUGAUGCUUUGAUUAUGACAAGCCCUUCUUUCUUCUCUCAGUUCACUCUCGUUAUAGCCACUCAGCUGGUGGAAGAUUCAAUGGUGAAGCUUGAUAGAAUCUGUAGAGAAGCAAACGUCAAGGUGGUUUUUGUUCGUUCUUACGGUCUUGCUGGGCUUGUUCGUGUGUCAGUAAAGGAGCACACUAUAAUUGACUCAAAGCCUGAUCAUUUUCUUGAUGACCUUCGCUUGAAUAAUCCAUGGCCUGAGCUCUAUAGUUUUGUGGAGACAAUUGAUCUGAAUGUAUCAGAUCAUAUAGCGCAUAAGCACAUACCUUACGUUGUCAUUCUGGUGAAGAUGGCUGAUGAAUGGACUAAAUCCCAUAGUGGUAACCUUCCCUCCACCAGGGAAGAGAAAAAAGAGUUUAAGGAUUUUGUUAAGUCCAAGAUGAUAUCUAUGGAUGAGGAUAACUACAAAGAAGCCAUCGAAGCUGCUUUCAAAGUUUUUGCUCCUCGUGGAAUCAGCUCAGAGAUUCAACAAAUUUGCAAUGAUACUUGUGCUGAACCGAGUUCAAACUCCUCAGAUUUUUGGGUGAUGGUUGCUGCUCUGAAGGAGUUUGUCUCAAACGAAGGUGAUGGAGAGGCACCUCUUGAAGGCUCCAUACCUGAUAUGACGUCUUCAACAGAACACUAUAUCAAUUUGCAGAAAAUCUAUCUAGCGAAAGCCGAGGCUGAUUUUCUUGUCAUGGAGAAACGAGUUAAAAACAUUUUGAAGAGAAUCGGUCGAGAUCCGAGCAGUAUCUCGAAACCAACAAUCAAGAGCUUCUGUAAGAAUGCCAGAAAACUUAAAGUAUGCAGAUAUCGUAUGGUAGAGGACGAGUUCAGCAAUCCUUCUGUAACCGAAAUUCAAAAGUGUUUAGCGGACGAGGAUUACAGUGGUGCAAUGGGGUUUUAUGUUCUUCUCAGAGCUGUGGACAGGUUUACGGCCAACUACAACAAGUUUCCUGGCCAGUUUGAUGGAGGAAUGGAUGAGGACAUUUCUCGGUUAAAAACUACUGCCUUGAGUCUUCUUGCCGAUUUGGGGUGUAACGGCUCAGUACUGCCUGAUGACCUUAUCAAUGAGAUGUGUCGCUUUGGUGCCUCGGAGCUUCAUGUGGUUGCUGCCUUUGUUGGAGGAAUCGCAUCUCAAGAAGUCAUCAAGCUUGUCACAAAACAGUUUGUUCCGAUGUUGGGGACUUACAUCUUCAAUGGCAUUGAUCACAAGUCUCAGUUAUUGACAUUGUAGAAGAUCUCUCCUUAGACAUUGUUGUCCUGAAACAGAUAGACUAGCUUUAUAAUGUAUUUUUGUUUUAUUCUUCACUGAAUUUUAAAAGAAUCUUUUCGCGGGUGUAUCGAGACACGAACUGUUCAAGGAUGUUGAUUUAGCAUGGUCGCAUGAUCCUAUUGAUGGUCCAUGUUAUAACUUAUAACCGCAUUAACCAAGUA